CGGCGGCCUCGCGGGGUGAGGCGGGGCGGAGUGGGGGGGUACAUCCCAACCCACCCCUCGCGACGCCCCGCCCCGUCGCUCCUGCGCCUGCGCCGUGGGCACCUACCGGCCUCAAGCGCCCUGGCGGGAGGUUUUUCUAUAUGAGUGGAGAAGACAGCUAUUACCAGCGAAGUCAUACAACAUUUUUUUAGGAUGUCUGAAGAUGAAGAAAAAGUGAAAUUACGCCGUCUAGAACCAGCUAUUCAGAAAUUCAUUAAGAUAGUAAUCCCAACAGACCUGGAGAGGUUAAGAAAGCACCAGAUAAAUAUUGAGAAGUAUCAAAGGUGCAGAAUCUGGGAUAAGUUACAUGAAGAGCAUAUCAAUGCAGGACGUACAGUUCAGCAACUCCGAUCCAAUAUCCGAGAAAUUGAGAAACUUUGUUUGAAAGUCCGAAAGGAUGACCUAGUACUUCUGAAGAGAAUGAUAGAUCCUGUUAAAGAAGAAGCAGCAGCAGCAACAGCAGAAUUUCUUCAACUCCAUUUGGAAUCUGUGAAAGAACUUAAGAAGCAAUUUAAUGAUGAAGAAACUUUGAUACAGCCUCCUUUGACCAGAUCCAUGACUGUUGGUGGAGCAUUUCACACUACUGAAGCUGAAGCUAGUUCUCAGAGUUUGACUCAGAUAUAUGCCUUACCUGAAAUUCCUCAAGAUCAAAAUGCUGCAGAAUCAUGGGAAACCUUAGAAGCGGACUUAAUUGAACUUAGCCAACUGGUCACUGACUUCUCUCUCCUAGUGAAUUCUCAGCAGGAGAAGAUUGACAGCAUUGCAGACCAUGUCAACAGUGCCGCUGUGAAUGUUGAAGAGGGAACCAAAAACUUGGGGAAGGCUGCAAAAUACAAGCUGGCAGCUCUGCCUGUGGCAGGUGCACUCAUCGGAGGAAUGGUAGGGGGUCCUAUUGGCCUCCUUGCAGGCUUCAAAGUGGCAGGAAUUGCAGCUGCACUUGGUGGUGGGGUGUUGGGCUUCACAGGUGGAAAAUUGAUACAAAGAAAGAAACAGAAAAUGAUGGAGAAGCUCACUUCCAGCUGUCCAGAUCUUCCCAGCCAAACUGACAAAAAAUGCAGUUAAAAACCAAACUUCAAUAUUAUUGGUGCCAACAUGUCUCUCCUAAUGAGGACCUUUGCUGCUGUUGGACACUCCAUCACCGUUUGGAACACAAGUAUAUCAAGAUAGUGGCUACUGAUGUUCAAGUGGGAUUGAAGUGUGAUAAGCGGAUAUAUUUUGUUGUUUGCUGGGGUGUUCAUGGAGAUGUUAGAGAUUGAGGCCCUGGGCUGAGGGUGUAUAAUGUAUAUGUCAGGUAAUGUUUGAAGACUGCCAAGGAGCAGAUUUUCUCCCUGGAAAUGUGAAAACUGAACCUAUAACUCUGAUAAGGACUUGAGAUGUGUAGAAAGGUUGGGUUAUGGAAGACUAGUUUCUUCCAUAACCCUGAAUUGGAGCCCUUAAGGCUAAGUGUAGAUUACCGAGGUUUGUUAGAGAGAAAAGAGUAAGAGUUCAGGAGCCUUUGUUAUCAGAUGGGGAAAUAAGGGCCUAGUGAGGAUUACAGGUGAACUACAUAGUGGAGUCAAUUGGCGAACCCUAUUGCAGUUUGGUCCAACUAUGUUUUCUGGUGAAGGAAAUUAAUGAUGUAAGAAAAUGAAAGUGGCUCAACUUCUCUUCCAGAUAUCUUCAUUUGUGACACUGGCUUCUGAACUCUUCCUCUGCCUCUCUUUAAAUAAAUAACACAGAAUUUCAAGUGGUAGGAGACUUAUGAAGCCAGUCAUCAAGCUCGCUCUGUCAGCCUGUCUCCUAACACCUUAAAGAUCUUGUGCCCUGUGCCAUCCCUCCCUUGUCAUUAUGAAGUUCUUUGGUUUCUGGGGUGAAUUCUACCCAUGUAUAAUGAGGAAUUCUCUCAUAACACUUUUUGUCUUGUCUCUCAUCUCUGUUCAUCCCUUCCUAUAACCUCUAGAUAAAAAGAAAAGAAAAAAAUUUCCAGAUAUUUUCAACAUUGUUAGAGUUUGGGCUAAAAUGAGCAAGGAGAAAAAAACACCAAGAACAUUUCCUGGCAUGUUCCAAUUGUAAGGGCUGAUGUAUCUGCCAGAUAGGGGGUCUCUGACUCAGUCUUCUUUUUAGCUGGUCUCUGGGGGGAGCUGAGAAUUUACUUGCUACCUCACUUGUGUUACUACCAUCCUUUUCCCCAGACAUUUUAUCUCCUAUGCAUUCCUUUGCUUUUUAUAGCUGCUCUUUCUUCCCCAAAGUGGUGUUCCCAUGCUUACUUUUAUCACAUUCUAGACAAUGAUAGACAAAGCCUCAUGCAAGACUCAGACCCAGGGAAGGGUGUGGUGCUAAUCUCAACACCUGACAUUGACAGCAAGGAUGGUUCAGACCAACCUUAUGUCUAUCUCAAACUGCAGAAAGACUUUAAAUUUGGAAAAAAGAAUUUAAGAUUACAGGCAGCCUCCCUCUAUACCCAACCUCAUUUAAAAUAGUAGGGAAUCAUCUUUUGCCUUAGUCUUUACUCUUUUCUGAGCACAGGAAUGGGCACCUGCACCCCAGAAAGUGUGAGCUGUCUUUCUGACAGGAGCUAAGGAUUAUCAGGCCAUUGGAUGGUUUAUCACUUCUUUCUGAGUUUACUUUUUUUUUUUUUGAGAUGCAGUUUCGAUAUUGUUGCUCAGGCUGGAGUGAAAUGGCAUGAUCUGAACUCACCACAACCUCCGCCUCCCAGGUUCAAGCAAUUCUCCUGGCUCAGCCUCCAGAGCAGCUGGGAUUACAGGCACCUGCCACCAUGCCUGGCUAAUAUUUUGUAUUUUUAGUAGAGAUAGGGUUUCUCCAUGUUGGUCAGGCUGGUCUCGAACUCCCGACCUCAGGUGAUCCACCUGCCUCGGCCUUCCAAAGUGCUGGGAUUACAGGAGUGAGCCACCGCUCCUGGCCUACUUUUAAUAACUUAUUGAUUGCUGCCUUUCAUGUCCCUGUCUAAUCUAAAGAGACUUUCUCUUUCAUACUUCUUGAAUCUCACCAAUAAAUUCCAGUGAAACAGCACCAUUUCUUAGUAUCAUUAAAAAACUAGAAAGUAUGAAGUAUUGCUCUCUGCUGCUAUGUAUCAUUAACAUAAUAAUACCAAGACGGAAAUACUUUGAAUAAGUGUCAGAGUCUGAUCCAGUAUCUGAUAUUGGACACCUGUGAGGCUGGGAUAAUUGCUUUUGAACUACACCUCUUCUCUAGUUUCUGGACCUUGCUCUGUCCCUUUAACACAGGAUAUUCAAACCUGAAUGAGGAUCAGAACUCACCCAGGCACUUAACUUAAAGCAAGAUUCCUAAACUUCAGUUCCAGGGGUAAUUCUGACAUCACUAGUCCAGCAUAGUCAGCUGAGAUUAUAAAUAUAAGAAACAGUUACAUCAAGAUUCAGCUGUGUCAUUUAAUUCUGAAAUUGCCAGUAUUCUACCCUUCUUCAUCACUGCAUAUGACCCCACUCCUCCAACCCCAAAUUGUCUAUCCUUUCAGCCCACCAACUUAGCAGCAGCACUAGGGAUUCAUUAUGAGGUCAGUCUGGUUUACACAAGGACCUGAAGGAGAAAGGAAGCCUGUAUUUGAAGCUCUCACUUUGUGUUGGUAUCUCUCAUUUUUACUGAGCCAAUGUGGAACACCACUGUUUGUAUUUGUAUAAGCCCUUGACUUUUACUGCUCAUCACGAUUGGAAUAUUACUCUAGUGGUCUUCACACAUAGCCAAGUUAUAGUCCUUUUAAAAAGUAUCUCAUUUCCCCAUAAUGGAACCUAAUAGCCAACUUUUUCAUAGAAAUUGGUAGAAGAAUUUGAUCAACUAUAAACAAUAAAGUGUUUAUAAGUAGUAGUUAGUACGAUGCAGAAACCAAUCUUAAAAUUGAAUUCAAUGUUUUAUCAUAUCCAAUUAAAUAUCUUCUCCAAUUCAUGUGUAAUUUUUACUACAACAAGUUAGAAAAUAGGGAACUCUUUGAUUAAGGUCUUAUUUUGUGGGCCUUCAUUUGGAUAAAGGCAGCAAUCCUAAGGCCUUUUUCCCAUAAUCUGAGAAUUUCUCUGUAGAGCAGAGACUUUUAAGCCAUUUGGCUGUAACCCACGGUAAAAAAAAAUGCAUUUAUAUCAAACCUUAGCAUAUGCUUAACAAACAAUACUUACCCUUCUGAGGUUUUUUUAUUGUUUCAGUUUUCAAAAUAUGCCAGUCGCAACCCACUAAAUUGAUUUAAUAAUCUGCCAAUGGGUUGUAAUCCUUAGCUUGAAAAAAAACAGGCUCACAAAAGAACUGAUAUUUCUUGAAUACCUUCUGUUCACCAGACAUUUUACGAGUAAGGAAACUGGCCUCAGAGAAAUAAUUUGCAGAGGUUUACUCAUCUACAAAGGUGUGAAGCCAGGAAUGUUAACUAGGUCUGUUGAGCUACAAAAACGGUUUUAUGUCUCUCAUACUAUACUGCCCCUCUACAAAAUUGAGAUGGGGUUGGGUGCAGUGGUUCAUGCCUGCAACCCCAGCACUUUGGGAAGCUGAGGCCAGAGGAUCACUUGAGCCCAGGAGUCUGAGACCAGCCUGGGCAACAUAGUGAGACUGUGUCUACAAAAAAAAAAAAUUAAAAAUUAGCUAGGUGUGGCAUAGCACACACCUGUAGUCCCAGCUACAUUGGAAGCUGAGGUGGGAGAAUCACUUGAGCCCAAAAAAGGUGGGCCAUCCAUUCUGCUUUAUUACUUUAUUACUUUUUUUUUUUUUUUUUUUGCCAAACAAGCUUUGAAAUAACACAUUCCAUUCAUUUGCAUCUUUUAAAAAAAAACUUCUGAUUCCUCACCAAGUGUCCAGCAGCCUCAAAAGUUUUUAAUGAUAGCUGUUGCAGACGUACAUAGUGCUCAAUUUGGCCCUUAAACUAUAAAAUCAAGAAUAUUUCAGUCCCACCUACCUGCCUACAAGUUUUCUUAAAGUUCACUGGUUAUAAAAAGCACCAUUGUUUAAACAGUUCUUUUUAUGUAAUUUAAAAAUAAACUUGAAUGCUUUUAAAACAGUUUAUUAUAACUCAUAGAUUAAAUGAUUAUUAUCCUUUAAAAUGAUACCCUUGGGAAAUCAGAUACUUACUGUAGUGACGCUAAUACUAAUGUUACUUAGACUAAUUUUGAAACUAUUUUUUCAGAAUUGCCUCUAAAGACAUUUUGCAAACCAUCCCAGAAAAGGUGGUAUGAUGGUGCUUUGUAGAACUGGCCAGAGUUCCUGGAGGAUUUUGAGGUUAUACUGAAACAGAGUGCUGUACAGGGAGAAUUCCAUAAGUCCAAAAAACCUCCUUCUGUGGGCUGCCUGCCUGCCUGCCUUCCCUCCCUUAAGUGCUCUAAGUUGUUUGUACAGGAAUAAGAACCAAAUACUGGUAACAUUGAUCACAAGAAGAUGAGGAAACCUAUAAGUAUAUAAUGUAGAUAUUUUCCUUCCAUUAAAGUAGAGAAACCAAACCAUGCUUUUUGUUAACCUUACAUAUGAAAGGUGUUUCUCAGGGUCCCCUUUGUCCUUUACUUCUGCCAUAUGAAAUCUUACAAGGAAGGAUGAAGGAAAGCCUGGGGAAAAAAGUUCUCCUGGGAAAUGAGGUGUUUUCUUGUUAUAAAGUAGAAAGUGUCUGUGGUUCACAGGUACUUAUGAAUGUUAGAUAAUAUUCUUAAGUAAUCAGAAGCCUAGUAAAAGGUAGGGGAGUUGUUUUUCCUCCAGCCUAAAUUAAUAUUAAAAGUUUGGGGGUAUUUUUUGUUUUUAAAUUAACACCUUAUUGUUUUUAACAAGUGGUUCUCACAAUUUACAUUCAUUAAUUUGAUGCCCUUUUACAAAGAAACAUCUUAGGUAUUAUAAACAAUGUAAAGGACCCACAUGGUAUGUAUCCACAUUGCUACUCUCAAGUAGAAAUGGUAGUUAAGAAAUACAUCUGUGCAAUAUUCAAUUGAAAAACCAUAAAAGCUGUCAAAGGCAAAUGAUUUGCUCCAGAUCACAAAACUAGUUAGCACAAAAGCUAAGACUAUAACCAGGAUCUAAGAAAAAAAUCCUGAAGGUAAUAUAAGUGAGUGUUAUACCGUAUCAAGUUACCUGCUAAGGCUUGUAAUCUUUCAGACUAGCUUUAACAUUCCAAAUCAGGCAGUAGCUACAAUGAAAAGAGAAUUGGUUGGGAAAUCCUGAGAUCAGAGUUCUGCUUUGGCUUUGACUCUUAUAGCAAGAUUUUUUUUGAAUCAGGGGCAGCUAUCUCCUCCCAUCCCAGUCAUGAAUCUUCCAACCUUAGUGGUCACCAGCUUGACUCCAUUCCUUAUAUCUAGCCUGGUGCUGUCAAUUCUCCAUUAAAUGUUAGUUGCAUCCAUUUCUAAAUACAUAUCCAUCACUCUAGUAAAAGACUUUUACGUCACACCUUGCACUUGAUCUUCCCCCAACAUUAAGUGGCUCAGUUCCUCAUAUCACAAGAAUUAACCACCAAGUCCAUCUUUCACUUUUCUACUGAAAAAUUUUCAGUGACUCCCAUUGAAUACCAAAUAAAGUUCAAAUCCUUUAGAUUGGCAUUCACAGCUUUCUAUGUUCUGGCUCCAGCUUUAUCUCUUCAAACUCACUACUCACCAUCUGACAAUGCCACUAAAAAUCCACAAGAGUGAUUUUAAGGUUUAUAUAUGGUGAAGGAUCAAACUGGUAGUAAACCAGGUUUACAUUUUUCUGGUCUAAAAUUAUUUCUAUAUUACUUCACUUUAUUAUAGUCAGCUGGGAUUUAUUUAAGCUCCUGGGCAAGCCUAAAACUUGUAUCCUGAAGAAAAUAUUUUUUUCCACCAGAAGAAAUUGCAUUCAAUUUCUUAACCUUCAAAACAAUGUCAGUCUUGUCACCUGUGCAUUUGGUGGCCAAAGCGCAAGUAUUCUUCAGGAGCAUAAAUACUCCAGCCUUGAAUGGACUACUGUCCAGCUCCUGUGAAAAACUUAGUAUUUGAGAAAGAUAUUCAACAGUAUGUGUUUUCUAUAUACUUCACAAGUAGUUGAGAUUUUCUUGUAUUAAGGUUAAUCACUAAAAAGAUGUUUACUUGGGUUUCAUUAACCCUCCUUUAGAUGUUUUACAUUCUAUUGUUAAACACUUGGUGUUAGCAAGGGUCAGCACAAGAAAAGGCUCAAUGGCAAGAAUUUCUGCAAAUUCUGUAAAGCUUACUGAAUUCAUUUGUCAUUUAUUAUGUUGCUGAGUGGUGCUUGAAUAAGGAAACAUGCAAUAAAUUUACUCACUCAACAAACAUUUAACUGAAUACCUGUUGUGUGUUGAGUGCUAGGGCCAUACAUAGAAAAAUGCUAGACCUAUAGAAUCUACCCUUGUAAACCAUUCAAAUACCUAAAGCAAGUAAAUCACAGUAAAACAUGGUAAGUGCCCUAAGAGAGGAAUGAACAAAGUAAUAAGAGGGCACACAGAAUGGAGGACAAACUCGGCUUGGAAAAGAAGGGGCAGGCUUUGUGGAACAUGUAGUAUUUGAGCAGUACCUAAAGAAGAAUAUGCCCGAUUGAAGAUGGAGUUAUGGACAAAGGGCUCAAAACAUAACAUGGUGGGCUUACAGAAAACUAAGAAAUUAAACACACCUGAGUGAUGAAGCUGGUUGGAUGGAAAUACAAACCAGGGUGUUACCUAUUUAAAAUUUAAUAAUUCUUUGUUCAUAGGAAUUGAUGUACUGCUUUCUGUCAGAUAAGACUGUUAUUCCUCCGAGUUCUUCAUUUUGCCUUCUUGCCAGGGAAGUUAGUAUUAAACCUCACAUUUGGUGGAGUUCUUGGUAUAUUUGCCUUCCUUUCCCAAAUACUGUGCUUUCUUCCCUCUCUGCUUAUGAGAUCCUCUGCUUAACACUGAAUGCCCUCUUUGUUCCUGUCCUAAUAGUCAUUCUGUAUUUAUUGAAAACCCUCUGAGAAAAGUCAUGAAAUUUACUUCUUAGUGUCAAAGUCCUUCACAAUCAUUUUCCAUCUCUACAUGAAUAUUUCUUGACCACUGAAAUUCAGUGGCUCCCAUUUUCACUUAUGGUUAAUUCUGCAAUGUUCUCCAACUUCAGAGAGGUAAAAUUCUUUCACUGGUGAUGGUGUGAUCUCCCCAACUAGAAUGUAAGCUGCUUUCAGGGCAGGGAUCAUAUCAUCUUCUUUGAGUACUUCUUGCCAUGAAAUACAGUGAUGAGAAGGAAAAAAGAAACUACAUUCCUGUUAAUGACUGUUAGAUGAUGAGUGAUGAGGUAAUAACAUGUGAGUUCUAUCUUUUGGAGACAUGUAUUGAAAUAUGAAAUCGCUUUCUAAGACAUAUCAAAUCCUUGCUUAGUACCCACUUUUGUAUAUUAACAGGAAUGAAUGAUGCAACAGAAGAAAUCUAGACAACUCUAGGACUUGGAAAUCAUGAAUUUAAAUUUUCAUAAUUUGAAGGUGAAGAUAUUUCUAUCUCUUUUUCCAAUUAAAAGUCAUGACUUGAAAGAGGAUAUAGGACCUGAAUCACUGAAGAAAUGCUGUGAGAAAAUUUGGACUGAUUUAUCUUCCAUCCUACCACAGGAUUGCGAGGUCGGAAUAGCAAGAAUCCAAGAAGCAUUGAUAGUCUGACAGACUAGUAUUGAAACAGGGUGCAGCAACAGGAAUUUAAUGGCUGUAUCAAGCAAGCAGAUAUUGGCAUUAGGCAAGGGCAGGACUGAAGAGAUAAGCAUUUGACAGGAUUCGAACCUAGGUCUCUAAUGUUAAGGUUCAUAUACUUAUUACACCAAAUAGCCUCUCAAUGAGCUGUUAGGAAUGAAAGGAAAUCAAGUGGCAUUUACUACUUCUCCAUAAUUCUCUGUCUUUCCUCUAUAGGUUUUAAUAUUCAUAACAGGUUGCUACUUAGCAGGGUACAAUAGGGGUCAACAAUUCAGGACAUCCUUAACUCUUCCUCCUUCCUGCCUUGACACUUUGCUAUCUCACAGAGUGGUUAUGAGGAUUAAAAGACAAUUCUUGUCCAGUGCCUAGAAUAGUGCCUGGCUUCUAGUAACUGCAAAUGUUAGUUGCUGUUAGUUAGAAUUGUUAUUUUUUCCCAAAGUUUAAAGGAAAUGAACAUUAAUUUUAAAAAGGUAUGUACCUACAAGAAUAGUGUUAGGGAGGCACCUAAAAUGAGUGGAGACUUGAAUACUAAGAAUCCUUAAAAUGAUUUUUUUUAAAAAAGGCUUUAUUAAGAAUGAUAUCCAAACAUGAAAAUAUGUAAGAUCCAGUUAGAAGCAGGGUGGUCAUACAUCCCAGUUUGUCUAGGAUAGUCCCAAUUUACAUCUGUUGUCCUGGUGAAACUAUUACUAAUGCUCCCUUUUCAUCUCAGUGUCCUGGUUUGGAUGAAAAAAAUUACAAUGGUCACCCUAGUUAUAAGGGCAAUGAAAGUAAGUGUGGCGUUACCAAAAACAAAGAGCAUCUGUGUUUUAAAAGGAUUGAUCAUUUCUAGGCCCAGAUAAAAAACAAAAUCCCGGGCCGGGCACGGUGGCUCAAGCCUGUAAUCCCAGCACUUUGGGAGGCCGAGGCGGGUGGAUCACGAGGUCAAGAGAUGGAGAGCAUCCUGGUCAACAUGGUGAAACCCCGUCUCUACUAAAAAUACAAAAAAUUAGCUGGGCAUGGUGGCGCGUGCCUGUAAUCCCAGCUACUCAGGAGGCUGAGGCAGGAGAAUUGCCUGAACCCAGGAGGCGGAGGUUGCGGUGAGCCGAGAUUGCGCCAUUGCACUCCAGCCUGGGUAACAAGAGCGAAACUUCGUCUCAAAAAAAAAAACAAAAAAAAAAAAAACAAAAUUCCAAUGUUAGUGGGAACAUAAACAUGCAAGUUAAAGCGCUACCAGUAAUUGCAAGGAACAAGAAAAUAGGAAAUGUUCUAGAACACUGAGCUUGGGCAAAACGCUACAUUUAAGGCGUAAAAGCUGGAUUCCAGAAGCCACAGACCAGGAAAUUUACGUUUGAAUCCUGGAAAAUUUCUGAAAUGGACAGCUAAUAUUUUAAAUCAAAAAGCCAUGCUCAUUCUGGACUCAGAAUUGAUAACCUGUUCUAUUUCCUUGCUGUGUGCACAGCGAGGAAUCCCAUGUUCUAGUCCCCUUCCUGGGCAGUAGUUAGGGCAAGAAAACAAGGCAUCAGUAUUCUAAGAGUAAGCUAAUCCUAUCUAGGCCAGUUUACACAGGGCACCAAGGCAGUGGGAAAGCAGUUUCUUCCCUGGUAGUCAUGCCAAUAAGUAAAACACAUGGGAUAUGCUAUUAUUACCUGAGAGGACCAGAGUUGUGAGAAAAAUCACAGGUCGGCAAUACCUAACAAUACUUUUAUUACAGUAAGAUAGAAUAAUAUUGACAGCCUCUAUUAAUCCUCGUAGAGAAGAGCCUGAUGUGCUUAGGAAAGUAUAGCUCUUUCUGAGCAAGAAAGCACUUCUUUUAGGAAGGCUCCCCUAAUUCCCAAGACUGUGCACACCUCCAUGUUCUCUGUGACUAACUCACAUCCUAGCACCUACAACAUUUCAUUAUAAUCACCUUUUUACACAUCUGUUUUGCUCCUUCACUCAACUUUGAGCUCCUUGAUGGUAGGUGCCGUCUCCUGUUAGAUCAGUGGACUGGAAACAAUAGAUAAUGCUUGCCGAAUGGUAAAUGGUAUUUGUAAACCAUAACAGGGUUAUUUUGUCAAGUCUGUUGCUCCAUGAGGCUAAGCUAGGGGUCAGGUUCACCUCAUAGCAAAUGUGUGGAGUGCAGAAAUUUUCCAGCACCUCUGCAGCACUCUGCAUUACCCAAGAGGGUAUUUAAGUGUCAUUCUGAGAGUUAUGUAUCACUGGAUUGGUGUGCACUGUUAAGAUUUUAAUCUAUUCUAGACAGAAAAUCUUAGGACCCCAAAGCCAGAUUUAGAUAUAGGAUUAAAGGUGACUAGAUUCACCUAAAAACGUUUGUGAUGGACAGAAUCAUCAGAUAAUUGAGAUUUGCAGAUUAACCAGUAGAACUCUUUCCACUUGUGGUGAUGUUUUCUUGUUCUUUAAUCAUUUGCUCACAUAUUUAUUAUUUAAUUUGGCUUUUUCACCAUCAGAGAUUUCCCGAGUACCUUCAGUGUCACAAGUGCUGGGAUUACAAAGAUAGACGAGUUCUUUUAGGGUAUUCACAUGUAGUGAUAAGGAAGAGAGAUACAUGUAUUUGUAACUCUGAAUUAGACCGGGUACUCUAAAAUCCACACAGGACUGCGGGACCACAGGGAGCAACAAGCAUUAUUAGGCAUUGAAGGAUGAAUAGGAGGAAUUUACUAAGCAAGGUGGGGGAAGGGGUAUUUUAGAGAAGCAAUCUGUAAGCUGCACUUUUUCUCCUCUGGUGACUCUAAAACCUAUUGUUUAAGGGCAGGCCAGCCAUUCCCUAACGCGUUCUUCAAGAGGGAACUUUGAUGCUUGCUUCAACAAAAGGCUGGGUUUGAGUGAUCACAUGGAUUCAUACAGCUUUCCAUUCUGAUUUGGUACAAUUAAAUUAGCUAGGAAAUAACUUUAAACUGAAAAAGCCAGCAACUUUGGUCAUCUAUAUUCUGAGUAAAGUGUUUACAAUAUGAUGUUAUUUGUAACAGUAAAUUAGUAAAAAGUCUCAAAUAUAGAAAUUUUUAUAAAUAUAAUUUUAUUACUUGGAAAUACAUACAAAAAUUCAAACACAGCUAAAAAACAGUUGCUAAGCAGAGGUCCUAUCCAACCUGCUUAAUGAACACAUAAACAGUUAUUAUCAGCAUAAAACUUGAGUCCUGAAACAACUGUCUUCAGGGUCGUUAAAUAAUGGGUUUAAAAACAGGUAACUGUUUUGUUCUUUACACCUAUUUAAAUCUUUCCCCCAAAUAGAGUACUAACAUUUGUUUGGUUCAUGAGGUUUUACUUUAGAAAAAUAGCUAAAGCUAUAGCUAAUUAUUUUGAAACCUGCAAUACGUUUGCCCGUUUUCAGUCUUCUGUCACCUUUCUCCAUGGUUUCUCAAAAAUUCCCAAUAGUUGUUAACAGAAAGCAUUUGCAACCUCCAGCAGCUCUCUAGAAUACAGAAGUGUGGGUCUAACAGCCUUGAAAUCAUUUAAGGUGGCAAGAUUUUUUUUUUGCUUUUCAUUUUUGCAAUUUCCUGUCAUUUUAUUUUGGUCCAGUGAUAUCUUCUUGUAAGAGAAAAAAAACUGAGUUAUUCUGCUCUUCCUGAUUGUCAAUCCGUUACAAUACUUUAUCCAUUCUUUUUGCCCUUACUCAGGUUUUAAAAAGAAAAAAAAAGCCUUGACAACUUUAGCAUUUUCUAUAAAUUUAAGCUUAUUCUGAGCUUGAACAUUUCAAAUACUUUUAUAUUUCACUCUCCUCUCUGUAGUUUUGUCAUGCCAGUUUUCCCCUCUUUUGCACAUGAUCUUUGGCAGCCUGGUUUUAUCAGAGAUGCUUUACAUGCCCAUUCUCUAUCUUAUUUCUCUAGGCUCUUUUAACUUACAAAAAAAUAAUUUUUAGAAUGUCAUUUAAAAGUUUUGAUCCUUUUAUGGUCCCCCUCACAAUUUGCAAAACUGGAAAAGGUAGCUGGCUAAGAAGCAGAAAGGCCUCCUUUUGGUUUUGGGACUCAACUGUGUUCUUCAGUCUAGUCUUGCAUCCCGUCUUCCUAGCUGAGGAGCCUGAGGCCCCCAAGUAGACUGGAUAAACCAGGGAAGACUUCUACCUGUAGUGGUCUCUGGUUCAUGGUUCAGAGGGGAACAAGCCUAAAUUUGAGACUUGCUUCCACAGUAUUCUUUCUGAAACUUAAAAGUGAACAUACUUCCCUGCUUGCAGUCUGUUGAUGGAUCUCUGCUGCCUACAAUAUAUGGUACAAACCCCUUAGUCUGGCACACAGGACCUGUGUGACCAGCUCCCAUUUCUUUCCCUAGCUUCCUUUAUCAUUUCCUCCCAACCCCAAAUGCCUUACUACAAGAACUUUUUUCUCUAAUACGUUAGCCUGUUUCACACUUUUGCUCAGAUUAUUCCCUCAGCCAGAUCCCUACCUCCUGAGAAAACCUAUUCAUCUUUUAAAUGCUCAAAAUAUCCUCAAAUCUCUGCUACUGAGUGCUCCCUUAUGCCCUCAUUAACCUUUACUUUCUUCUAUCUUUACAUCUAUGUUAGUCAUUGUUUACUAACAAUGUCUAUCCAUCUGCCUGACGAGAUUGUAAACAAGGGCAGAAAGUGUUUUAUUCAGCGUCACAUCUUUCAUCAUAUACUACAACACCAAAAAAACUUGGACUGAAUAAAGUCAGACUGAAAUCUG